GAGUCGCAUAGGCGGUAAUGAGGGCUUAUGCGGAGAGUCAAGUCUCAUCAUUGUUGUACCAACAUGACUCUCAUACAGUCAUAGACUAUGGUAUAUUUCACUUUGCCCUCAAAUCAUGUUCCUGACUGACCCUAGCCAAUUGUAUCCCGUGGUAUAAAAGAAAAAGGAAGGGCCAAACGAAACCUGCCUUCAUAAAACUUUCGACUCGAGAUUUUUCCAAACCAGAUCCAGAUCAACCGUCACAAAACUUCAAAAUCAAUCUGCAGCCUCCAACGGUAUUUGUAAACUCACCUCUAUUCAACCAUGCCUACACACGAUCAAGUUUUGAACUUUGGCGCCGGUCCAGCCAAGAUCCCUAUCGAAGUCCUUCAAACAGCUCAGUCAGAACUUCUCAACUAUGAUAACACUGGAAUGUCUGUUAUGGAGUUGUCCCAUAGAGGAAAGACCUUUGGCAAAAUUUUGGCCGACGCAAAGCAAAACCUCACCAAAUUGCUGAAUAUUCCUGAUAACUAUGAAAUUUUGUUCAUGCAAGGAGGAGGCACCACGCAAUUCUCUGCCAUAGUUUAUAACUUGUUGGCUGCUAAGGGCAAGCCUGAUGCUCCUGUCGAUUACUGUGUGUCUGGUUCUUGGUCGCAAAAGGCUUCUGAGGAAGCCAAGCGUUUGGGUGCCAAUGUCAACAUUGUCUUCAACACCAAGAAGUCCACGGGUGCUUACACCUCUGUGCCACCACAAUCAGAGUGGAAGUUGAGUGGCUCUGACGCAGCCUACGUUUACUACUGUGACAACGAAACUGUCCAUGGCGUCGAGUUCAACUCCAUCCCUGAUGUUGAUUCUUCCGUGCCUUUGGUCGCUGACAUGUCCUCCAACAUCCUCUCUCGUCCUUUCGAUGUUUCCAAGUUUGGUGUCAUCUAUGCUGGCGCUCAAAAGAACAUUGGUCCUUCUGGUGUUACAAUUGUCAUUAUCCGCAAGGAUCUUCUUACCCCUCUCAAGUCAGCUGCUGAAAUCCCAGCUUCCGGUUUGGUGACUCCUCAAUUGCUGGACUUCAAGACUUUAGCCGACAAUGACUCACUCUAUAACACACCGCCCACUUUUGCCAUUUACAUGUCAGGACUUGUGUUCAAGCAUAUGCUGGAGAAGGGAGGUGUCGAAGCCUAUACCGAAGCCAACGAUCGAAAGGCACGAAAGGUUUAUCAAGUCAUUGAUAACAGCAAGAUAUACAAGGCUCCCGUAGCCACCGAAGCUCGUAGCAGAAUGAACAUCCCUUUCCGAAUUUACCCAGAGACUUUGGAAGCCGAGUUUUUGAAGGGUGCUGAAGCACGAAACAUGGUUCAACUCAAGGGACAUAGAUCUGUUGGUGGCAUUCGGGCUUCUAUCUACAAUGCCAUGGGCGAAGAUGGUGUUGAUGCGCUGGUUGCAUAUAUGAAGGAAUUCGAAGGGCAACACCAAGCAUAAAAUAGACCAAGCUUAUUUCUAGAGAGCAUGUGUUUGGAGAGAUGGUCGAAGUAUAUAAUGACUUUAGAAAAGUGCUUGAGCAAUAAAUAUAUUAUCAAUAUGCUUCAUGUAUUCCCGGCGAACAA